AUGAGAGGCUUCCAUUUGGUAAUAACCAAUGCCCCUGCCACCUUCCAGCGAUUGGUGAAUAGUGAAUUCAGGAUCUUGAUGAAGCUUGUGAACGGAAAGACACAGAUUUCAGAGGAAGUGAAACAUUUGAGAGAGGAUUUGGCUGCGGCAAAUGUCAAGAUAGACAGACUUCAGGAGGACAAUUGCCAGAAGGAGAAACGAAUCUUGGAGGUAGAGAGACGAUUGGAAGACCUGGCAAACAAAUUCGAGGAGAGGAGCGCAAAGCUGAAGAUGGAGGGUCAGGAAGAGAGACUUAGAGAAGAGAGGCACUCAGGAACAGAACUAUGUAAGGAAAUAGAGGCUUAUAAACAACAGAUGAUUGCGGAACUCGAACAUUCAAAGAGACGCACGAAAGAGGCCUCUAAGGAAAAGCUAGAGACCAGCGCCACGCUCCGCCAAAGUUCAUUCGGAAAGGAACUUGUAAUUGAGUUAGGAAGACUUAAGGAGCAACUGUGCAUUAGGAAGGAGUCGAAAACUCCACGUCUGGGAGGUCACGUAGAGAUGCUGGCCACCGAAGACCCGAGGCAAAUGACGAGCUCUGGAGAAACAGAUAGGGUAAUUGACAUCACAGAAUGCCUCCCUGACAAAGACUUACAAGAGGUUGUGGGGUCAAAGGACAGGGAUAUGCAGAGUUUGAGUGAGGUGAUUGAUCACCUCUUGAAACUGCAGAGGACAGAGAAAAACGACGACGCGGCAGCUUUGGUGGAGAUGGUUGCCAAACUACGAAAACAAAAGAAGACCCUGGGGUUCAGCAAAAAAGACAUGGCCAAUAAAGCACAUAUUGACGUUCACAUCCAUGUCCUCAACAGAGCCCGAGGAAAGGAUGUCCAAACUCAGUUGGAUAAGAUUCUUGAAUGCAUGUGCCAACGCAUGUGCCAAUCACAACCUGCCACUGAGGACGUCAUUAUUCUGCAAAACACCAUCCUACCGGCACCUAUCCAGGAGGAAGAAGUCCUCCUUGAUCCGAAAUAUUCAACAGAUGAGCUUAUUUCCACUCAUGAGGAGGUCCUAGCUACCAAACAAGAAACCUCCAGUAUUCCAAAGGAAGUCCUGGGAACAUCCAAAACAAUUAUCUCUUCAGAGGACUUCAUAUCCAUCCCAGAAAAUAUAACUUCCGAGGGACUCGCGCUUACAGAGGAAGAUAUUAUGUCAAAUUCCAAACCCGUACCAGGGGAACCUUUCAUCGUUCUAGAAGACUUGGGCUCCACUGCCCAGGCUACCCCAGUUCAUCCAGAAGAGCCCUGUCUCACUCCCCAAACUACCCAGGAGGAAGAUGAGCUUAUUUCCACUCAGGAGGAGGUCCUAGCUACCAAACAAGAAACCUCCAGUAUUCCAAAGGAAAUCCUGGGAACAUCCAAAACAAUUAUCUCUUCAGAGGACUGUCUCACUCCCCAGGCUGCCCCAAUUGUUCAAAAAGAGCUAUUCAUAACGAAACAAAGGGAUGCCUUCCAUGUCGAGGGAGCAGCCAUCAGUGGGGAUGAACAAGCACUCCAUAAUGAUAGGGAGGCCCUUAAUAUGGAGAGACUGGCUCAAAUUAGAGAGAAAGAAGCCUUUGCUGCAGAAAGAGAAGCAUUCUACAGAGAAAAAGAAAUAUUUGAUGAGGGCAAGGAUGCCUUCCAAAGAGAAAUGGCAACUUUCUACAGGGAAAAGGAAGAAUUUCAUAUGGAAAAGGAAGCAGUAGAUAGGAGAAAGGAAGCAUUAGAUAGGGAAAAGGAAGCAUUAGAUAGGGAAAAGGAAGAAUUUGAUAAGGAAAACAAAGAAAGAGAGCACCAAUUACAGAAUUUCAAUAUGGAAAAGGAAACUUCAGAUAGGGAAAGGGAAGAAUUUCAUAUGGAAAAGGAAGCAUUAGACAAGGAAAAGGAAGAAUUUGAUCGGGUGUUGGAAGAAUUUGAUAGGGAAAACGAAGAAAGAGAGCACCAAUUACAGGAUUUCAAAAUGGAAAAGGAAGAAUUUCAUAUGAAAAAGGAAGCAUUAUAUAAGGAAAAGGAAGAAUUUCAUAUGGAAAGGGAAGCAUUACGUAAUAAAAGGAAAAGGAAGAAUUUCAUAUGGAAAAAGAAGGCAUUUACAAAAUAA